AAACAUCAAAUAAUGUGUCUUCAAUAUAGUACAGGGUGAAAUGAAUUUUCAAAUGACUGGGUCUUCCAGCAGGAUAAUGAUCCUAUGAAUACCUCCAAAGUUUUAACAACAUGGCUUAAAGACGAUAAAGUGAAAGUACUGGAGUGGCCAUCACAAAGUCCUAACCUGAAUCCCAUAGAACAUUUCUGGAAUGAACUGAAAAAGCAUGCCUGAGCAAGGUGGCCCAUAAACUCCAGUUGAUAUCAGAAAAAAGACCAGAUGGUUUGUUUUUUAAAUCUUCAACUGUUUAGUUUGGGUGAGCCUUUGCCCAUGAUAACCUCAGAUUCUUGGUCUUGCCUGACAGGAGUGGAACCAGAUGUGGUCUGCUGUUGUAGCCCAUCCAUCUCAAGGUCUGAUGUGCUGUGCAUUCUUAGAAGCAACCACUGCAUGACCAUAUCACUGUGAGAUUAUUAGGCACAGUGGCUUAAUGGUUAGCAUGUUUGCAUCACACGUCCAGGGUUGGGGGUUCGAUUCCUGCUGCAGCCCUGUGUGUGUGGAGUUUGCAUGUUCUUCCCGUGCUCUGGGGUUUCCUCCCCAGUCCAAAGACAUGCAUUGUAGGCUGAUAAGCAUGCCCAAAAGUGUCUGUAGUGUGUGAAUGUGUGUGUGAUUGUGCCCUGCGAUAGAUUGGCACCCUGUCCAGGGUGUCCCCCAGCUUGUGCCCCAUGCCUCCUGGGAUAGGUUCCAGGUUCCCUGCGAGCCAGUAAGGAUAAGUGGUACAGAAAAUGGAUGGAUGGGUGGAUUUAAGAGAAACAAAAACAAUUGUAUUCAAAGUGCUUCUCAGAGUACAAAUGUCAAACUCUACAAACUGCUUUUACUCUCAUUGCCAGCAUGCAGAGCAAACCUGACCACAGUAUGCAAAUACUGAGAAGCCAAUCUAGAGGCUUCAUAACUGCAUAUUUACAUAAAGGAAGUUUAGCAGAUUGUGUAAUAGUAAAGAUAUUCCUGCAGUCUUGUCAUAGCUUAAGUCAGGUAAGAGGUCAUGUGACUCUUCACAGUGAGAUGCUUUAUAAUCAGGUCACGAUGUACAGAUGUAAUACUCCAUAACUGCCUUUUACUGCUCGACACUUCAGACAAAUUGAGACUUGCCUUAAUAAGCAACUGAAUAAUGGAUCGUGUAGAGUUAUCAACUUUGGAUCCCAUUUCUUCAGAUUAUAUUACUGUUACAACAGACAAUGAGGAAGACUAUAUAUCACCAGACAGUGGCCUUUGCGAUAAAAGUUGGGUGAGAGGGUUCCGUGGCUCUUAUGAACCCCCUCUUUACUGGAUCAUCUUUGCAGUGGGAGCUGUAGGCAACUUACUUGUUGUGUGGAUCUACACUACUGUACGAAACCGACUUAAAACCAUGACGGAUGUCUACUUGCUAAACCUGGCAAUAGCCGAUCUGCUGUUCCUGGGCACACUCCCAUUCUGGGCCACAGAUGCUGCCCAGGGCUGGGUAUUUAGUGUCAGUGUCUGCAAGGGAGUCCGUGCUGUCUACAAGAUCAAUUUCUUCGCAAGCAUGCUGCUGCUUACUUGCAUUAGUGUAGACCGCUACAUAGCAAUUGUCCGCGUAACUCAGGCCCACAACUUUAAAAACAAGAGGAUGUUCUACAGCAAGCUAGCCUGCCUGUUUGUGUGGCUGCUGUCCUGUCUUUUAUCUCUCCCGGAGUUUCUAUCUGCUAAAGUGAAGACAAACCUGCAAGAGGAAUCCUUCUGCAGUCUGGUUUAUCCCUCUGAGGACAAAAAUCUUACCAAAAUCUUGGUGUUGUCCCUGCAGAUCUCAGUAGGCUUCUGCCUACCUCUAUUGGUCAUGGUGGCAUGCUAUUCUGUGAUCAUCCGCACCCUGAUACAGGCUCGCAACUUUGAGAAGCACAAAGCACUAAGGGUCAUCUUUGCUGUGGUCGCAGUUUUUGUCCUCUCUCAGUUGCCAUACAAUGGGCAUUUGGUUGUAGAGGCAACACAAGCUUAUAACAUGACCAUGACAGAGUGCGAUGUUGUAAAGACAUUCGAUGUGGUUGGACAGGUUGUGAAGAGUCUGGCUUACACACAUUGUUGCCUGAACCCAAUCAUGUAUGCUUUCAUUGGGGUACGCUUUCGAAAGGAUCUGCUCCAUCUGUGCCAGUGCUUGACCUCAGGGCUUGGUGGCAUUAACAAAGUGCAGUCCGUUCCCAAGAGACCAUCUGUUAUGUCUGACACAGACACUACACCAGCAUUGUCUCUGUAGUCUGUUGUUAACCUUUUACAGUAACUUCCACUUAAAAGCUCAUCUAUCACACAUCAGCUGAGAAUUGUUAAUAGCAUCUUUUUAGUCUUUCUACUUAGAUGUCAAUGUACUAUAAUAGUCAUUUAGAGAACCAUUUGGACAGUGACUGCAAGCAUAGAAGAUAAAAAUGCAAUCCUCAAAUUCACAAGGUAGUCCUGCAAAUACAAACCUCGACUAUGUUCAAUGCUUGUUUAAUACUACUCAGCACAUUAUUGUUCAUGUGUAGUGUCGACUGAUAUGGAGUUUCUGAAAUAAACAAGUGAUUACUGUAAAUUCUAUACUUAAUACAGUGGUAAAUUUGCUUUGUUACAGGAAUUUAAGCUUUAUGAAAAUAUAAAAAAGUAUUUUUUCUUAGAAAUUGUAAUUAUGCUGCCCAGAUUUUUUAAAAUUUUUAUUUUUUAUUUUUGCAUUUACAGUUUACUCCUGCUCAAUAAAUAAAACUGUAUAUUUUUGUAAAUACACAUGUAUAGGGCAAUUUUAAAAAAAAAAUCUUUAUAAUGUUCUGUACUUCUAC